AUGAGGAGAGGAGGUGGGGGGGUGGCCGCAGCGUCCCCUCUUACUAACCCCCACAUCCCCACCCCCAAUCAACCACCCUCCUUCAACCUCACCCCCCAUUUCAGCCACCCCCUGGAACCGCACCCCCUCCCUCUCUUCCUUCCUCCACACCCCUGCCCAACCCACAAUUGUGUGGUGCGCUGGGGGGGACGGGGGACUGGAACGGGCGGGGUAGUGGGGUCCACUGGUGGUGCCACGGGGCUGGAUGGGGUUCAAGGGGCGGAUAGGGAGCGAUUUGGCGCAUCUAGCGGUGUAGAAGCAACUUCUCCCGCCGCUCCCAACACCCCCGCCACUUCCGCCACUCCCUUCACAGCAGCUGCGAAGUCGACGGGAGGGCGGGCGGGGAAGAGGUGUGACUGGCGGAUGCUGGCGCUGGCGGCCGCCACUCCGUUCCCCCUUUCCUCUUCGCCCCCACUGCGCCCGUCGCUGUUUCUGCGCCACGGAGCCGCGACGAGGCAGCGUGACGGCGGCGGGUCCAUUGGCAGGCUUGCUCGCGGGCCCGUUGGUGGGUUCGUCGGUGGGCGUGCUCACACGCGCGCUGGCGGGUUCGUCGGUGGGCUUGCUGGUGCUCUCGUUGGCGGGUCCGACGGCGGGUCUGUCGGCGGGUUUGCUAGCGGGUCCGUCGGCAGGCUUGCUGGCGCUCUCGUUGGCGGAACUGACAGCGGGUCCGUCGGCGGGUUUGCUGGUGGGUCCGUUCCUGGCGUUCCUGGUGCGUUCAUGGCGUGCGCGGUGGCGUGCGUUGCUGGUAGUGAGCGGGCGACGGGCUGA